CAGUCCACCCAAAGAUCCCCUUUCUUCAAUGGAUCUGACUACUCAUACUGGAAGGCUAGGAUGAGAAUAUUCAUCCAAGCCCAAGACUAUGAGAUGUGGUCCAUUGUAGUAAAUGGGCCAUACAUCCCAUCCAUUUACGUAGAUGGUGUUAAGGUACCUAAACUAGAAAUGGACUGGGAUGAACAUGACAUGAGGAAGGCACAAUUAAACUCUAAAGCAAUGAAUGUCUUCUAUUGUGCCUUAGACCGUAAUGAAUUCAAUAGGAUUUCAACUUGUAAUUCAGCAAAAGAAAUUUGGGACAGACUUGAAGUGACCCAUGAGGGCACGAAUCAAGUCAAGGAAUCCAAAAUAAACAUCUUGGUUCAUAAAUAUGAACUAUUUAAAAUGGAUUCAAAUGAAACAAUCACAUCCAUGUUCACUAGGUUUACUGAUAUUGUCAAUGGUCUAAAAAGCCUUGGCAAGAACUAUACUAACAGUGAGCUUGUCAGGAAAAUCCUUCGGUGUCUACCGAGGUCGUGGGAAGCUAAAGUGACAGCAAUCCAAGAAGCCAAGGACUUGAACAAGCUACCACUUGAGGAGCUUCUUGGAUCCCUCAUGACGCACUUGGAUAGUGGCUGCUCAAGGCACAUGACGGGUGAUAAAGAUCAAUUUUUCACCCUUGAAGCUAAGAAGGGAGGUGUUGUGACUUUUGGAGACAACAACCAAGGUCAUAUCAUUGGUAUUGGUAAAGUUCAAAUCACCCCUUCUACUUUUAUAGAUAAUGUUAGAUAUGUUGAUGGUCUUAAGCAUAACUUGUUAAGUAUUAGUCAAUUAUGUGAUAUAGGAUAUGAUGUUAUGUUUAAACCAUCACUAUGCAUUAUAACAAAUCCUAAUGAUAAUAGUUUAGUUUUUAAAGGAAUUAGACGUGGAAAUGUAUAUGUUGUAGACCUAGAAGAUCUUGCAAAACAUAACCAAUGUCUAGUUGUAAAUGAAACUAGAGAUAAUGAUGCUAGUUGGUUAUGGCACCGUAAGUUAGGUCAUGCAAGCAUGGACACAAUAACUAAACUAGUUAAAAGAGACUCCGUGAUAGGUUUGCCAAAAUUAAAAUUUGAAAAGAACAAAAUAUGUGAAGCAUGUCAAUUUGGCAAACAAUCUAAGAACUCAUUUAAAUCCAUAAAAUGUGUCUCUACUUCUAGACCUCUAGAAUUAUUACACAUGGAUCUAUUCGGUCCAACUAGAACAACAAGCCUAGGUGGAAAUAAAUAUGGUCUAGUCAUUGUAGAUGAUUAUUCUAGGUACACAUGGGUCAUGUUCCUAGCACAUAAGGAUCAAGCAUUUUCUGUCUUUAAGAAAUUCCAUAAAGAAGUAACCAAUGCUAGAGAUAACUCAGUAAUAGCUAUUAGAAGUGACCAUGGUACCGAAUUCGAAAAUCAGUCAUUUGAGGAGUUUUGUAGUAAAAAGGGGAUAACCCAUAAUUUUUCAGCACCUAGGACACCACAACAAAAUGGAGUUGUGGAAAGGAAAAAUAGAACACUAGAAGAAAUGGCUAGAACUAUGUUAUGUGAAAGUAACCUCCCUAAGUACUUUUGGGGAGAAGCCAUUAAUACUUCUUGCCAUAUAUUAAAUAGAGUUUUGUUAAGACCCAUUAUAAAGAAAACACCUUAUGAACUUUGGAAAAACAGAAAACCAAAAGUUAAUUACUUUCAUGUUUUUGGAUGUAGGUGUUUUGUUCAUAAUAAUGGGAAAGAUAAUCUAGGUAAAUUUGACUCUAAAUCGGAUGAAGGAAUAUUCUUAGGUUAUUCUACAACUAGUAAAGCCUAUAGAGUAUUUAAUAAAAGAACCUUAGUCAUAGAAGAAUCUAUACAUGUAGUAUUUGAUAAGGAACUCAUUCUAGAUGAUCCAUCUCAAGCUAGACUUGAGGCUAUUAGACUAUUAUUAGCAUAUGCAUGCUCUAAGGAUUUCAAACUAUUUCAAAUGGAUGUAAAAAGUGCAUUUUUAAAUGGGUAUAUUAAUGAGGAAGUGUAUGUAGAACAACCUCCUGGUUUUGAAAAUCAUCAAAACCCUAAUCAUGUGUAUAAACUGAACAAAGCACUUUAUGGAUUAAAACAAGCACCUAGAGCAUGGUAUGAGAGACUUAGUAAAUUCCUAUUAGAACAUGAAUUCUCUAGAGGAAAUGUAGACACAACAUUAUUUCUGAAAAAGCAAAAUAAGGAGAUGCUAUUAGUACAGAUUUAUGUUGAUGAUAUCAUUUUCGGUGCUACUAACAAUCGCCUCUGCGAAGAGUUUGCUGAUUUGAUGCAGAGUGAGUUUGAGAUGAGCAUGAUGGGAGAGCUGAACUACUUCCUCGGGCUUCAAAUCAAACAAUCUGAAGGAGGCAUCUUCAUCAAUCAAGCAAAAUAUGUCAAGGAGAUGCUCAAGAAGUUUGAUAUGGAAGGAAACAAAUCAAUCAGCACCCCCAUGAGCUCAUCAUGCAAAUUAGAUCAAGAUGAAUCAGGUAAAUCUGUAGAUCAAAAACUUUAUAGAGGUAUGAUAGGAUCUUUACUAUAUCUUACUGCAAGUAGACCUGAUAUUAUGUUUAGUGUUUGCAUGUGUGCUAGAUAUCAGGCUAAUCCUAAAGAAUCACACCUAGCUGCAGUUAAGAGAAUUUUUAAAUACUUAAUAGGAACUAAGAACAUAGGACUAUGGUACUCUAAAGAAUCUAGCCUAAACUUAAUAGGGUACACAGAUUCAGACUUCGCUGGAUGUAAGCUUGAUAGAAAAAGUAUCAGCGGGUCGUGUCAGUUUCUAGGAGAAAACCUAAUCUCAUGGUUUAGCAAGAAACAAAACUCGGUUGCAUUAUCCACUGCAGAAGCUGAAUAUGUGGCAGCCGGGAGUUGUUGUGCUCAAAUCUUGUGGAUUAAACAACAAUUAGAAGAUUAUGGCAUUAAACAAGAUAAAAUUCCCAUUAAUUGUGAUAAUACAAGUGCCAUAAAUCUAACUAAAAAUCCAAUUCAACAUUCAAGAACUAAACACAUUGAGAUAAGACAUCACUUCAUAAGAGAUCAUGUAUUGAAUGGUGAUGUGUCACUCCAAUUUGUUUGCACUGAUAAUCAAUUAGCAGAUAUUUUUACAAAACCCCUAAGUGAAGAG